AGUAGAAGGGUCCAGUAAAGUGGUGGGGUUUCAGUGCCAAUGAUGUAAUCCCAGCAGAUCACUCAGUUGCCGGCGGAACAGCGAAGAACAGAGGGGAAAGGUUUUCGGAGACCUGUGUGCGAUGGCAGUUGGCGGGCCAAGGGGUGGAAGUCUUGGCUUGGAGGGAGGUCGUUCAAGACAAUUUGAAAGUCGCCAUAGUUGAGGUUCGUCGAGAUAGGACAAGCUGCAUGGGGAAUUCGAGGAAUGGCACUGGUGAUGCGCCGGCAGAACUUCGGCUAGAACAAUUUCAGAUCGCGACUCCGAGAAACAAUUGUCGUCGUCGUAGUAACCAGUCGCAUUGGAUUUAUCGAGAGUCUAGUUCUCCUCGACCACUCCUUUGAACGUCAAUUCCGCGGAGUCUUCUACAGCACUCACUAUGGCCGGUGACGAAUCGGCGUGCCCAGUCGAUCACAAAGCUCGCGAAGAGUGGCUCGCCCAGGCUCGCGCAGCGGAAGCCUCCAAGGCCAAGUCACAAUCACAACCACCGCCAUCCGCGUGCCCUGUCGAUCACAGCUCAGCGCCACCCACUCGAUCAUGGACCCAAAGUCUCACGUCGUACUUCUGGUCCUCUCAGCCAGAGCCUCAAUCGAGCACGGCGCCCCCUAAACCGACAAAUGGCCUCGACACGAACCGCGUUGUCUCCAGCAUCCCACGCUCGACUUCGAACCCGUCUGCUUGCCCAGUGGAACACGGCGCCUCUGCCAAUGCAGAAAUCGAAUCGGGGAAGGAUGCAUCGGGGAACUGGGUGUACCCCUCUGAGAAGAUGUUCUUUGACGCCAUGAAGAGGAAAGGGUAUGAUGCAAGGUCGAAAGACAUGAAGACUGUGGUCCCAAUACACAAUGCAGUCAACGAGCGGGCAUGGGCGCAAAUCUUGAAAUGGGAACAGCCAUAUCUUGCUUCCUCACAAUGCGGCGGCCCCAAAUUGGAGAGCUUCGCCAAUAAGAUGGAGCGAAUGACACCGACAGCCCGUAUCAACACAGUCCUCGGAUAUACAGCCCCCUUUGAUAGACACGAUUGGGUCAUUGACCGCUGUGGCACAAGGGUCGACUAUGUCAUCGACUUCUACUCCGGCCGGGGAGACGGCAAGGCAGGGCCCAGCUUCUACCUCGAUGUGAGACCGAAGUUGAACACGUGGGAGGGCGUCAAAAUGAGGGCUAUGAGGUGGACCGGCCUGGCAUGAUGCCUGCUAGGUCACCAAGACGGAUGUAUCAAUAACAUAAAGCUGCAUAUAGAGCAUUGCGGGCGUUUGGGGCAUAUUGUUGGGUCGGGAAGGAUGUAUUCUACGACG